GUUCUCCGCCUUGUCGCAUGCCCGCAUUGCUUCUCCGGUCUUCAUCCCUUGGCCGCGUCUCUCCUCUCCAGGCGGCCGUCAGCUUCCCUCCGCUUCGCCUUCCCCGAAGACUCUCGACGGGCGACGGCACAAAGAGCGCUUUGGCGACCAGAUAACCGGAGAUGGCCGGAUCCUUUGUCCUCAACACCGGCGCAAGAAUGCCAUCGGUUGGCCUGGGCACAGCGAAAACAGAACCCGGCGCCGUUGGGGAGGCCGUCUACGCUGCUGUCAAGGCUGGAUAUCGGCAUAUUGAUUGUGCUCCGGCGUACCGCAACGAGAAGGAGAUUGGUCUGGCUCUGAAGAAACUAUUUGAGGAUUGCGUGGUUAAGCGUGAAGAUUUAUUUAUCUCUUCUAAGUUGUGGUCUGGUAAUCACGCCCCAGAAGACGUGACAGAGGGCAUUGACACUACUCUUGAAGAUUUACAACAGGAGUACUUAGACCUGUUCCUUAUUCACGCGCCAGUACGUACUAAGAAAGGAGCUAUUCGAACCGCCGAAAACUAUAUUCCUCUCAAUAUCCCUGCUACAUGGGAAGCGAUGGAGAAGUUAUAUGUCUCCGGCAAGGCACGUGCAAUCGGUGUGAGCAACUUCUCUUGUAAGAGGAUGGAGGAUUUGCUUGCCAUUGCUAGAGUAACUCCGGCGGUCAACCAGGUUGAGUCUCAUCCAGGUUGGCAGCAAAUGAAACUCCGCGAACUUUGCCAGUCAAACGGUGUUCACCUUUCUGCAUAUUCACCCUUAGGUAGACCUGGAUCACCUGCGUUCACGGGUCCAAGCUUUCUUAUCAACCCUAUUUUCAUCUAUAUUGCCGAGAAAUUGCAGAAAACUCCUGCACAGGUUGCUCUACGCUGGGGUCUUCAAAUGGGCCAGAGUGUACUUCCAAAAAGCAUCAAUGAAACAAGGAUAAGGGAGAACUUUAACAUAUUUGAUUGGUCUAUUCCUGAAGAUUUGAUGUCAAAGUUCUCUGAAAUCCCACAGAAUAAGACUCUAAGAGCUGAAUUUGUAGUUCACCCACAAGGUAUUUACAAAACCGUGGAUGAUUUUUGGGAUGGUGAAAUCUGAAGCGUAUGAAGUUCUGAUGAAGGCAUAGAAUUAUAUCAUGCUAGAAAAUCUCUUACUUCUCGUUAUUGGUUGUAUACAGAUAUUUCUUUAAAACUGUUGACAAUGAAUGCUUUUUUAUGGAUGUGUGCAUCAAUCGAUGGAGA